AUGCAGUUGGAUCAACUAGACUUACAUCGUGAUAUCUUUUUCUUCUUCAUUCUGAUUUUUGUUUUCGUAUCACGGAUCUUGGUUCGCGGUUUAUGGCAUUUCCACUAUAAAAAAAAUAAAAUACCGCAAAGGAUUGUUCAUGGAACUACUAUCGAGAUUCUUUGGACCAUUUUUCCUAGUAUCAUUCCGAUGUUCAUUGCUAUACCAUCAUUUGCUCUCUUAUACUCAGUGGACGAGGUAGUAGUAGAUCUAGCCAUGACUAUCAAAGCUAUUGGACAUCAAUGGUAUCAGACUUAUGAGUAUUCUGACUAUAACAGUUCCGAUGAACAGUCACUCACUUUUGACAGUUAUACGAUUUCAGAAGAUGAUCUAGAAUUGGGUCAAUCACGUUUAUUAGAAGUGGACAAUAGAGUGGUUCUACCAGCCAAAACUCAUCUACGUAUUAUUGUAACACCUGCUGAUGUACCUCAUAGUUGGGAUGUACCUUCCUCAGGUGUCAAAUGUGAUGYUGUACCUGGUCGUUUAAAUCAGAUCUCCAUUUUGGUACAACGAGAAGGAGUUUACUAUGGUCAGUGCAGUGAGAUUUGUGGAACUAAUCAUGCCUUUACGCGUGCGCCCGGAAACAUAGGCCGACUGCUGAGCCCACUCUGGCUCAGGCGUACCACCUGGGGUGCGGGCCACCCAAGAAGCAAGCUAUUACAGCAAGCGGCUGGAGCUAUAGGGAGUCGGGAGCAAAGCAGUAGAUAA